UUUUUGAGAAGGCAGCUGCACGAGCUACUAAACUGAGUGUUGUCGGGGUACUGACAUUUUCAACAUGGCGACUUCCAUUUCUGGACUUUUAAAACCUUGGACACCCAGGGUCUUGGCGAUGCGAUGGAGCAGAUACAAUCCAUACUAUCUGGAGCCAGAGGUGAGGAAAGAGGUUUAUGACAAACCAGAGACGGAACUCAGCGAUGAGGAGAAGGAAGAGCAGUCGCUGAAGGCUCUCAGACCCAUCAAGGCGGCCACGAACAGCGUCACCAGCUCAGUUUUCCAUGAUCCUGUCAUCAGUAAGUUCAUCAACAUGAUGAUGAAGCAUGGAAACAAAGUUUUGGCAAGGGAGAUCAUGACAGAGACAUUGGAGCUUAUUAAAAGGAAACAGGUGGAGAAGUACCACAAAGCUCCAGAGGGAAAGAGAGAGGAGAUUGAGUGCAACCCUUAUGCUAUCUUUCAUCAAGCUUUAGACAACUGUAAGCCUGUCGUUGGUCUCACCAGCAUCCAGAAAGGUGGAAAGUACUACCAGGUGCCGGUGCCACUUACAGACAACAGGCGACGCUUCCUUGCCAUGAAAUGGAUGAUCACAGAGUGCAGGGAAAAUAAGCACCGGCGUACACACAUGUAUGAAAAACUCUCUCAGGAACUGAUGGCAGCUUCCAUGAAGGAAGGCAAUGUCUUCAAGAAGAAGAUCGAGCUCCACAAGAUGGCCGAAGCCAACAGAGCAUACGCGCAUUACCGCUGGUGGUAGAAGUGCAGAGGACUGGGGGGGGGGAAAAAAAAACAACUGUCUUCUUCACAUUGAAAGGUGACAUAUGGCACCUUUUGUAAAUAAUAAACUUGAAAAAACUCAA